AUGCGUUUCUUGUACGUUGUUAUGUUGCUCGUAGAAAUUCUAACAAAGUUUUCAGCGGGAUCUGGGUCUAGGAAUGGGUCUAGGAAUGGGUCUGGGAAUGGGUCUGGGAAUGGGUCUGGGAAUGGGACUGGGAAUGGAUCUGGGUCUGGAUCUGCAUCUGGAUCUGUGAGACUGACUUCUCCGCCUGAAAGACCUUCUGUUCCACCACCACCACCGAUGGAGGCCACCCAGGUGCCUGGAAGCUCUUCUAAUCCACCACCUAUACCAGCACCAUCAACGAUGGAGGCCACCCAGGUGCCUGGAAGCUCUUCUAAUCCACCACCUAUACCAGCACCAUCAACGAUGGAGGCUACCCAGGUGACUGGAAGCUCUUCUAAUCCACCACCUAUACCAGCACCAUCAACGACGGGAAAUGGGUCUGCGUCUGGGUCUGGGCAAGAUAAAAACGGAAAUGAGGCUUAUGUAGAUACAAGACAUUUACCAGCGCGUGAGUUGUUUUCAUUAUUUUACUAA